AUGCUUUCUACUACCCCAUACUAUGCUGUAAUUUUCACCAGCAAGCUUCAAGACUUGAGUGAAGAAGAUCUGCUUCUUUAUGCGAAACUUUCUGAUCGAAUGGUCGAGUUGGCUGCAGACCAAGAUGGCUAUCUUGGGGUAGACUCAGCCAGAAAUGAAGUUGGCAUAACGGUCUCAUAUUGGAGGGAUCUUGAAAGUAUCAAGGAGUGGAAAACAAACUCGGAGCACACAAUGGCAAGAAAUCAGCGAAAGUUGUUCUACAAACAUUACAACACACGAAUAGCUGUUGUUGAACGUGAAUACGAAUUUGGUCUGAUCUAA